AUGUCGCAGGUCUACAAGUCGGAACUUAAGGACCAGUUCGUGGACGCAACGCUGGAGGAGCGCCGGCUGCAUGAGAACAAGACGCACGAGAAAUACUGGCUCAAAUGGGGCCCGUAUCUCAGCGAAAGGGCUUGGGCCACGGUUCGCGAGGACUACUCUCUCAGCGGAGACGCGUGGACGGCCUUUCCGUUCGAGCACGCCGCCUCGCGUGUAUUCCGGUGGGGUGAGGACGGUAUCUUCGGCGUCUCCGAUAAUCGCCAGCUGAUUUGUGCCAACCUGGCCAUGUGGAACGGCCACGACAAGAUUCUCAAGGAGCGUAUGUUCGGCGUAACGGGGCCGCAGGGAAACCACGGCGAAGACGUCAAGGAGCUGUACUACUAUAUCGACAGCACUCCGACACACUCGUACAUGAAGGCUCUUUACAAAUAUCCAUUUGCCAAAGCGUAUCCGUACGACGAGCUCGUGGCCAAAAGCGGCGAGCGUGGCUACCAAGACCGCGAGUUUGAAGUAUACCAAAUCGACGGACUCUAUACCAGCGAGGAACAUGGCGAUACGCCAUAUUUUGAUGUAGUUUUCGAGAUGGCUAAGGGCGAUGAUAACCCGAACGAUCUGAAUUUCAGAAUAACUGCUUACAACCGAAGUGACAAGAGGGCGGGUGAACUAUAUUUAAUGCCCCAGGUUUUUUUCCGCAACACUUGGGGCUGGUGUCGUAAAACCGCCUAUAAGCCUCAGCUCUCCAAGGGUGGCAACAACUACAUUGAUUUGCAAUCGGACAAAUAUGGCCACAGAACUGCAGUAUUUGCGCCAUCUCCAGGAGGAUUUGGCGAACAAGAUAUGGACACUCAAGACGUGGAACCCCAACUGCUAUUUACGGAAAACGAAUCGAACCUGGAGAAACUAUUCGAAAGUGGUCCCAACCCUGCGCCUUUCGCAAAAGAUGCCUUCCAGGAGUACGUAGUGGAAGACAACAAAGAGGCUGUUAACCCAGAAAAUGUAGGAACCAAGAGUUGUGCCGUUUACCAUUUCCCAAAAGUCCCACCGGGCGAGUAUGUUACCAUCAGGUACAAACUGACCGACAUGGAGCUACCCAAAUAUAACGAUGAAUUGGUCAUUGACGAAGAGGAGUUUGAUUCGAUUUUUGAAAGACGUGAAGAAGAAGCUGAUAAUUUCUAUUGGAAGAUCACUCCUCUCCACAUUAGUGACGAACUCAGACGUGUGCAAAGGCAGGCUUUUGCGGGUCUCAUGUGGUCCAAACAAUUUUACCAUUUCAUUCAAGAUCAAUGGUAUAAUGGUGAUCCCAACGUCAAACCUCGCCCUCCUCCAAAUAGAGCCAAUGGCAGAAACAAAGAUUGGAAGCACAUGUACACUGAUGAUAUUUUGUCGUUGCCAGAUAAGUGGGAGUACCCCUUUUUUGCAUCUUGGGAUACUGCAUUCCAUUGCAUUCCUUUGGCGAUGGUGGACCCUGAAUUUGCCAAGCGGCAGUUAGAUUUAAUGACUCGCGAAUGGUAUAUGCAUCCGAAUGGACAAAUGCCAGCUUACGAAUGGAAUUUUAGUGAUGUAAAUCCUCCCGUUCACGCCUGGGCUGUGUACCGGGUAUUCAAAAUUGAGCGGAACAUGUACAAACGUGAAGAUCGUGUUUUCUUGGAGAGAGUCUUCCAGAAGCUACUCCUCAACUUCACCUGGUGGGUAAAUCGAAAGGACUCAAAUGGACAAAACGUUUUCGAAGGUGGCUUUUUAGGCCUUGAUAACAUUGGUGUUUUCAACAGAUCCGAGCCUCUACCAACCGGCGGUACUUUGGAACAAGCGGACUCCACUGGAUGGAUGGCUUUUUUUUGCUUGCAAAUGCUCAACAUUGCAUUAGAAUUGGCAAAGGAAAACCCUGUUUACGAAGAUAUUGCAUCCAAGUUCUUUGAACACUUCAUUUUGAUUAGUGACGCCAUGUCUUUCAACUACACUAAAAAUACCGAGAGCGAAGAAUUUCAAGAGGAAAUAAAGGAGUCUUUAUGGAACGAAGAGGAUCAAUUUUAUUAUGAUGCUAUUUCGUGGGGCGGUCCGUUCAAGCAGCAGUUACCUAUUAGAUCUCUAGUUGGAUUGAUCCCCUUAUAUGCCUGCAUGACAUUAGAACCCCAAGUCCUGGACAAAUUCCCAAGCUUCAAGAAACGUGUCGAUUGGUUCAUAAACAACAAGCCUGAAGUGUUUGGGAGAAAUAUUGCUUCGAUGGAGAAUAGAGGAAUUGGUGACAGAUUGUUGCUGUCGCUGGUGACUAAAGAAAGGUUAGAAGCAAUUCUUCGACGUAUGUUGGAUGAGAGUGAAUUCUUAUCCGAUUUUGGUAUUAGGUCUUUGUCUAAGUACCAUGAAGAGCAUCCAUUCACAAUGGAUGUGAACGGUAAUCAGUAUACCGUGAAAUAUCUUCCCGGUGAAUCAGAUUCUGGUAUGUUUGGCGGAAACUCGAACUGGCGUGGGCCUAUAUGGUUUCCAGUGAAUUUCUUGCUGAUUGAAUCUCUUCAAAGAUUUUUCCUGUAUUACGGUCCCGAUUUCAAGGUGGAGUGUCCGGUGGGCUCUGGGAUAUAUUCAAAUUUGGCCGAGAUAGCGGAAGAGUUGGAACAUAGGUUAAUUCACUUGUUUAUGCCCGAUGAAAGUGGUGCUCGCGCAGUCUACAAUGGUGAACACUCAGAUAUGUUGUCCAAAGACGAAUAUUUCAAGGACCUAAUUCCAUUUUAUGAGUACUUCGAUGGCGAUACCGGGAGGGGUUUAGGAGCUUCCCAUCAGUGUGGAUGGACUGCUUUGGUGGCCAAAUGGAUUCAUGACGCAGGCGUCUCUUGUAUCCGUCUGCCACGCAGCUCCAGAAACUCCGUUUGUGUUUCUACAAACACUAGCAUUUCCUCACGUACUUCGUCUCCUGUCAGACCUGGAUUGGGACGGAUGGCGAGACGUAAAAGCGCAAAGUCGCUUGUUAAUUUGACAGGUACGUUACUGGACUUGACUGAAGAGGAAAAACAAAUGCACCGCUUAGGAAACGUUAGAGACCGCUCUGCUUCGACCGAAGUAACGCCAGACGAGUCGGGAAAGCUACCAGAAUCCGCAAAACCUUCUGACCGCCAACCAGAUGAUAGUGGCUCAAGAGCUCCUAGCACGCAUAACUCGGAAGCCGCUGUAAUUGAUGACCUGAAAAAGAAAAUGUCUACCUUUUCUCUGAAAAACGAUGCCAAAGAGAGGGCGGACGAGGAGCAGCUUGUCAACGCGCGCGAAUGA